CCGCCACAGCUUGACCAUGUUUGAGCUGAGUGACCAUUGAUUAACAACAGCCAUGGAAGAUGAGGUGGUUGACGAAAUGUAUGCGAGAAUUCAGGUGCGCUGCUGCCUACGGGAAUUACAUACUUAGCCAUCGAUCCCUCUCCUCUGCAGCAGCAGCAGCAGCAACAGCAGCAAAAUCCGCCACACCCCACUUGCCUUGCUCUUUACUCCCAACCACUGAUUUUCGGCUUCGGAGUUACCAAGAAGAAUGUAUACAGUCUGUCCUCUCAUAUUUGGAGAAGGGCCACAAAAGGCUAGGUAUUUCGCUAGCAACGGGGAGUGGGAAAACUGUAAUUUUUACACAGCUGAUCGAUCGCAUUCCUCCCCGCGAUGAAAUCGCGAAACAAACCCUUAUUCUAGUCCAUCGAAAGGAGCUGGUAGAACAGGCAGCAAAGCACUGCAUGCUUGCCUACCCGGGGAAGACCAUCGAAAUUGAAAUGGGGAAUAGUCACGCAACAGGAACAGCGGAAAUAACCAUAGCGUCCAUCCGCAGCCUCCUUUCAAAAGGGCGGAUUGAAAAGUUUGACCCGGAGAGAUAUAAACUCAUUUUGGUGGAUGAAGCACACCACAUCGUGGCUCCGUCGUAUAGAGAAGCGCUUGAAUAUUUCGGCUUGAAUGAAGCGUCGGAAGGAUCUCCAGCGCUCGUUGGCGUGUCGGCAACUUUUUCGCGAUUCGAUGGACUGAAGUUGGGAGCUGCUAUUGACCACAUCGUCUACCAUAAGGAUUACAUCGAUAUGAUUGGUGAAAAGUGGCUUGCUGAUGCGGUCUUCACGACGGUGAAUUCCAGAGCUGACCUGUCAAAAGUUUCGGAUGCGCCUAAUGGCGAUUUUCAGACCGGUCAGUUAUCAGCAGCAGUUAACACUGACACAAUAAACGACAUUACUGUCCGAGCUUGGCUCUCCAGGGCGAGGGAGAGAAAAUCAACCCUCGUUUUUGGGGUCGACAUUGAGCACGUCAAGUGCCUUACUGAGAGAUUCCGCAGGUUUGGCAUCGAUGCGAGAUAUAUUACCAGUCAGACUCCCAAAGAUCUCCGUACCAAUGAACUUGAAGCUUUCCGCAACCAAGAAUACCCAGUUUUGGUAAACUGCGGACUUUUUACAGAGGGAACAGACAUCCCUAAUAUUGAUUGUGUGCUUCUUGCACGCCCGACGAGAUCUAAAAACCUUUUGAUCCAAAUGAUUGGAAGAGGAUUAAGACUAUAUCCGGGGAAGAAGAACUGCCAUAUCAUUGAUAUGGUUGCGUCUCUUGACACUGGUGUGACUACCACGCCUACCCUAUUUGGCCUUCACCCGGACGAAGGACUUGAUGAAACCAAGAUGGAGGACAUAGAGAAACUCAAAGGCCACGAAGGGGAUGGCUUUAAAUCAAAACCGAAGCCCUCCGCGAUUUCUGCGGAUAAAGUGACAGUUGAUUUUACCGAUUAUGAUUCCGUACAUGAUUUGCUUCAGGAUACUUCAGGCGAAAGACAUAUUCGUUCACUAAGCAAAAAUGCUUGGGUAUCAGUGAGCCCUGAUCGAUAUGUGCUGAAUGCGCCCUCUGGAAGAAUCACAAUCGCCGGGGAUGACGCCGGCUUGUAUUCGGUAUCUCAUGUUAGAGCUUUAAGCCCUACUUCACAUUCAAAAAGCCCGUUCAGCCGCCCCCGAGAGAUCGCCUCGUCACUUGAAUUGGCCCAAGCAGUGCACGCCGCCGAUACGCUGGCUAGCCGCAUUUUUCCGCCGGUUUUUGUGGCCACAUGGCAACCAUGGAGAAAGAAGUACGCUAGCCAUGGCCAGAUUGCGUUUCUUAACAAGCAUCUUCCAUUCGAUAAUCAGAUUAAGCCAGGGGAUAUUACGAAAGGUGAUGCAGCGGAUAUGAUUACGAAGGUCAAGCACGGGGCCAAGGGGCAGUUCAAGAACAUAAUCGCCAUCAAACGGCGUCUGGACAGAGAAAAGACCAAGGAAUCUAGGCUAGAGGAGCUGAAGAGCAGGGAGGAAGUUAAAGUUGGUCCGCUCAAUUAGAAAACUUUUUUGGUUACUCGUUGAGUUGUGUGCGCUGUGUAAAAUGAUACCCAUGUAUAAUAAUAUCUGCAUGUAUGUGUAUGUAUGUAUAAUUAAACUUUUAAAUAUUCUUUGAAGACGAACAUUUACUCUCUUAAGGUAUGUUUCCAAAAAUAUGCUGUUCGUGGUGGUCUG